UUCAGGGGUCCGUCAAGACUUGCAUCACUACCCUGCCUAGUAUAAAAAGGCAGAGGAGAGCUUGCUCCUGCAGUAUUAAAGAGCUCAAGAUUAAAACUCUAAGGUUAAUGAAACAGGAGAGAAUAAAAAAAAUAAAAAAACACGAAAAAAAGAAACAUACCAUAAGAAGAUACUGAAACGGCAAGAGUAACCAUCCGUACCAUGCACAGGCAGACACAGCUUUGUUGUCUCAGUUCUAUCCUGCUUUUUCUGCCUCUGUGUAUGAAUACUACAGGAUCCAUAGCUUUUCCCAAUGAUGAAUACAAAACAGAGUCCUGGGAUAACAACAGCACUCAGAGACAUACAACUACUACUCCAAGAUGGAUAACCAAUCAAUCGUCUGGCCUCCUACUUACAAAAAUCACAAAGAGACCAUCCAGCACGUCAGAUAUCAUUGUGUAUAUCACAGGUGGGAUUGGGGAUGAUUAUUAUGAUGAUGAAGAGGUUCCACCUACUCGCCCUCCGCAUAUGCCUGUGAGUCCAUGCCCAUAUGACCACUGCAAACACUUGGAACCCCCUUGCGAGGAGUCACAAAAAAGAGCAGAGAACAACUGUCUUUGUCCUGGAGUACAAGGUCCAACAAUUCGACCAGAUGUUCCCAAGCUGAGGCAGAUAGUUCCUGGGGACAGAGAUGUGGCUGUAAGCUGGUGCUCUCCAAUGUCCACCGUCCAUGGAUAUAGGGUUCUGCAUGGUCCCCAAGAGGGUUUGCUAGAGAGAGGACCAGUACUUAAUACUUCGCACAGAUUUUAUUCCAUAGCUAAACUUCUCCCAGGAACAGCCUACAAAGUGUGUGUGGUGGCAUUUAACAGAGUAGGUGAAAGCCCUGUAGAUACAGAAGAUGAACAUUUUGAACAGGACCCCAAUACAUCUGGCCCAUGCAGGAUCAUCAAUACUACAUCCAAGUAUUUAUAUAUUUACAUAGGGCUGGGACUGACUGUCCUGGCAGUCUUGAUGGUGUUGGCUAUUAUUGGGUACUGCAUAUGCAAAAGGAGAAGAGGCAGUAAAACUGUUGAAUGGAAUGAAGCAGAUUAUCCAUACUAGCUGUAUAAGGGCGCAAAUGUGGAUCAGUUGGAAAUACCCACCAUGCACAAAGUAUCGUUCAUGUAUAUCGUCAUUAACUGCUACCGUGAUGAUUUUAUU